AUGGCUCAGACCACCGAGGGUGCGUGUGAGAUUGUGGAGGGUGUAAGGUUCAGUUUCAUGACUGAUGAAGAGGUCAGAAAGCACAGUGUUUUAAAGAUUACAAACCCUAUUUUACUUGACAGUGUUGGAAGACCAAUGCCAGGAGGAUUGUAUGAUCCUUUGUUGGGCCUAAUGGAUGAACAAGCACCCUGUAAGUCAUGUGGGCAGCAGUCAUUUCAAUGCCCAGGGCAUUGUGGUCACAUUGAUUUUGUUUCACCAAUAUACAAUCCAUUGCUUUUUGAUAUGCUUUUCACUCUUAUAAGGAAAACAUGGCCCUGA